AUCCCUCAAACUGUUUACAGUAGUUAUAUAUCUUAACUUUUAUUGGUACCUCCAUAUUACUUGUUCAGAACAUUCUUUUCUUAUUUCUUGUCAUCCUCAUAUCAUCAAGCCAAAACAUACCUCUAUUUCCUUGUAUAUUACACCCUUAUCCACGAAGUAUUUUUAAUGCAUCGUAUUCAUUUGCCCUCUCGUGUUAUGCUUCUCAUGCAUGUUAUACUUGAUCUCGUAUCCACCUUCUGCUUUUCUUUUCUUGAAAUUGAUGUAUUUUUGAUCUUGCUAAUACUUUCUGACCUUGUCUCUCUUGCUCUCCUUUGUCCGAUUACGUCUACUGUUGUUCAUAUAGCAAUUGCCUAUAAUUCCAAACUAUCGUUUGGCGAUCCUUUCCCAAAGAUGAUGGUAUCUAUUAUGAGAAUUUAUUGGCCAUCUGUUUCAGUUAUAAGUUUCCUGAUCUCGAUUUCCAGUUGCUGGUUCUAUUAUCACGCUGCUAAUCCACUAAAAUCAGCAGGCCAAACAUUUAUCAAAAAGAAGGUCAAAUACCUGAUAAACGGUAUUAGAUGUUUUAAACUGGAAAGCCAGAAACGAAAUUAG